AUGGCACGCUUUGGCCCCAAAAUGAUCAUCACGCUCACGCUCCUCGCAAUGCUGGGCGUCACCUCAGCUCAGGAGCCACUGGCAGCUCCCAGCCCUUCGGACGCCCCUUCAGCUCCUGCGGACGCCCCUUCAGCUCCUGCGGACGCUCCUUCAGCUCCUUUGGACGCCCCUGCUCCCAUUGUGGCUGCCGCCACCCCUGCGGACGCCCCUGCUCCCAUGGUGGCCGCCGCCAACCCUGCGGACGCCCCUGCGCCUAUGUCCGCUGCCACUCCUGCGGACGCCCCAAACCCACUCCUCAUUUCAGCAACGCCUCCCGAGGCUGCUCCUCCCGCCACUGUCCCAACCACUGCGCCCCGCUCCAUCGGCAUCUCGCCGAGCUCCCCUGUGGCGUCAGCAGCUGCCGCGACCUCCGCUCCCUUCACUGGUCCUGUCCCUGUCGCCACUCCAAGCACCACUCUGCCUCCACAAUGCAGCGGGCCGUCAACGUCGUACCUUACGGCAAACAGCAGCACAGUCAAUUGGGGCUUCUACGAUCUGUUCAAGGAUCCGGUGGCGUACAUCCAGUCUGGUGAUGUUAUCACUGUUGAGGUGGUGACACACGAGGCAGGCAAUGACUGGGCCAAGAUGAUCCAGGGGGAUCCUGGUGUGAGUGACAUCUAUUACUGGGCAACAGGCACCCCCAUUACCACCAAGAAUGUUCCAAAGUAUCCAGGGUCUGGCUCGCACGUUGUGACGGGGCCCAUCUAUGUGUGCGGUGCACAGCCUGGAGAUGUGUUGCAGGUGGAGAUCCUGUCCGUCAAGCCUCGAGUCAACCCAGCGAGCGGCAAAACGUAUGGAGCCAACAGACAGGCAUUUUUUGGUUACCAAGCUCGGGCUGGUCACAGGGACGGCAGCGCCUGGAACAACUCCAUCAUUACAAUCUACGACAUAUCAGAGGAUAAGGACGGCAUGUGGGCACUCCCCGUCUACCAAUUCGAGGUUCCCAAGAUGCUUGAUCCCAAUGGUGGCGGCAACCUUGCGUUGCAGAACAUCAACAACGGAGUGGUAGUGCCGCACCCCGUCAACUACGGGAUCAACAACAACGAGGCGCUCACCCUCCCGUAUCCUGCGGGCUUCCAAACCACGCUGAAUCAGAGCACGCCCAUCAAUUACCUGACGGAUCCGCUCAACUACCGCAUCCCGCUGCGGCCACACUUGGGUAUCAUGGGAGUGAUGCCGGCUAACGGCCAAAACUACCUGACUGGAGCGCCGAAUGGAACCAGGGGCGCAUCUGCUGUGCCCCCCAGUCGAUUUGGAGGGAACAUCGACGACUGGCGUAUUGGACCAGGCACCACCAUGUAUUACACCGUUGAAACCGACGGAGCGAGGCUCGUCAUGGCGGACACACACGCCGCCCAGGGCGACAGCGAGCUCCAGGGCACCGCAAUCGAAACGUCUUUCGACGUGACCGUCCAAGUGAGCACUCUCAAGGCGGCCGACCUUCCGGAUGCGGUGCAAGGGCUCAGCUUCCCGCUGCUCGAGACGCCAGAUGAAUACAUCGUCCACGGGUAUACGUACCAGAACUACCUGGACAAUCUGACGGUCCCCAGCACCAUCACUGUUGCGGGUGCGGACUUGAACGGGGCUUUUGCGGGCGCGUAUAACAAGUCACGUGACUUUCUCAUGGACGUCUUCGGACUGUCCGAAAACGUGGCACUCUCGAUCAUCACCACGUCCGUAGACUACAGCGUCUCCCAGGUGGUCGACAGCAACUGGGGGGUUCACGCUGCAAUCAAGAAAAACGUUUUCUCCCAGUCCGUGGGGAACCGCAAGCUGCUCGAGUUUUAUGCGGACACGCAUGGAAUCACGCGUACGUCCACGUCAUUCAUGGACACCGCGCGUCGCCAGGCCGAGCUGCGGACGGCCGCGGCGGCCCGCAAGUGGUCUCUCGAGAAGCUGUUGAAACGGUUCUUCUGA